AUGAAAUAUACCAGUUAUUUCUUAGCUUUUCAGCUGUGUGUGAUUUUGGGUUCUUCUGGCUCUUACUGCCAGGCCCCAUUUUUUAAAGAAAUAGAAAACCUAAAGGAAUAUUUUAAUGCAAGUACCCCAGAUGUGGCUGGUGGUGGGCCUCUUUUCUUAGAAAUUUUGAAGAAUUGGAAAGAUGAGAGUGACAAAAAAAUAAUUCAGAGCCAAAUCGUCUCCUUCUACUUCAAACUCUUUGAAAACUUAAAAGAUAACCAGAUCAUUCAAAGGAGCAUGGAUAUCAUCAAGCAGGACAUGUUCCAGAAGUUCUUAAAUGGCAGCUCUGAGAAACUGGAUGACUUCAAAAAGCUGAUUCAAAUUCCGGUAGAUGAUCUGCAGAUCCAGCGCAAAGCCAUAAGUGAACUCAUCAAAGUGAUGAGCGACCUGUCGCCAAGAUCUAACCUGAGAAAGCGGAGGAGAAGUCAGAAUCUGUUUCGAGGCCAGAGAGCAUCGAAAUAA